UCACAUCUUUAUCUGUAGACUCUAUACUUCCGAUUCAUCUUCCCUCACCAACUCUCCGUCUUUCCUUUCCGUCACCUCCUCCUCCGGCCGGCGGCAUGGCGAGCAAGUUCGCCAGCUCCGUCGACUACGGCCUCAUGCUCUCCAAGCGGAUUUACUACGGCAAAGGGACCGCCGCCGCCCCGGCCCCGCCGGCCAUGUCGAGGUCGCCGGACAGCUACCUCCCCACGGCGCCGAUGGUCUACGCCGUGGUGCCGGACCCGACGGCGGUGGACAACCCCGACGUGCCGAGCUACCAGCCGUACGUGCACGGCCGGUGCGACCCGCCGGCGCUGGUGCCGCUUCAGAUGCACGAGGUCGCGAUGGAGGUGGAUUGCUAUCUGGACACGGCGUUCGUGAGCAUCACCGGGCGGUGGCGCAUGCACUGCAUCAUGUCGAGCAGGACGUGCGAUUGUCAAGUCGCGAUACCGAUGGGAGAGCAGGGUUUGCUUCUAGGUAUCGAGGUAGAUGUUGCUGGAAGAUCAUAUAAAAGUCAGCCGAUCAUUGUGGCAGAUAUGGAAGAUAUGAGUGCCGAAGUGGCAAAAGCUAGAGAUGGGAACUUUUUGAAUUCCCAGACUUUCAUGUUUAAAGUUCCACAGGUUGUUGGAGGGUCAACCAUAUCAGUGAAGGCAAAUUGGUCUCAGAAGUUAACAUAUCAAGGAUCCCAGUUUUGCUUAAGCAUACCUUUUACCUUUCCUUCGUAUGUCAAUCCUGUUGUUAUGAAGAUGCCUAAGAAAGAAAAGGUGCUGUUGAAUGUGAACUCUGGUACUGGCAUAGAACUACCAUGUGAUCAUGCUAGCCACCCGCUGAAGGACUUGUUGCGCGAGGCUGGUAAAUUAAGUUGCUUCUAUGAAGCAGAAGCUGCAGCAUGGUCGAGUCAGGACUUCAAAUUUUCUUACUCCGUUUCAACAACGAACAUAUCAGGGGGUGUGCUCGUGCAAUCUCCGUCUCUUCAUGAUGUUGAUCAACGAGACAUGUUCUGCCUCUAUCUUUACCCUGGAGAAAACCAGAGUGGCAAGGCCUAUUCAAAAGAAGUUGUGUUUGUCAUCGAUGUAAGUGCGAGCAUGAAAAACCUCCUGAUGAAUGUAAAGAAUGUAAUCUUGGAAUCGCUUUCAAGGCUCACUCAGCAGGAUUCUUUCAACAUAUUAGCUUUCAACAAUGAGGCUCAGUUAUUCUCCUCGUUGAUGGAGCCAGCAACACCAGAGGCGAUCUCAAAUGCAACCCAAUGGAUUAGUGCCAACUUUACAGCUAGUGGUGGCACAGACAUCUUGUUUCCUCUAGAACAGGCAAUGAAGUUGUUGGCAGAAACCACUGCUUCAAUACCAUUCAUUUUCCUUGUCACCGAUGGGGCUGUUGAAAAUGAGCGGGAGAUCUGCAAUAAAGUGAAAGAUCGUUACUCAAGUGGGCUACCAAGUUGUCCUCGCAUGUGCACCUUUGGUAUAGGUGCAUACUGCAACAAUUACUUUCUCCGGAUGCUUUCUCAAAUUGGAAGGGGUUAUCAUGAUGCUUCCUAUGAUGCAGAGUCAGUUGAACUGAGAAUGCAAAGGUGGCUUGCUCAUGCGUUGUCAAUCAUGAUGGCUGACAUCGCAGUGGACGCUCUCGAAAAUCUUAAUUCACUUGAGAUAUAUCCCUCUGAAAUUCCUGACCUUUCAUCGGGAAGUCCAUUAAUCAUGUCAGGCAGAUUUUCUGGGAAAUUUCCAGAGCUUGCAAGAGUUACUGGUGUAUUGGCAGAUAGGAGCAUCUGCACGAUAGAUCUGAAAGUGCAACAACUGAAGGAUGUCCCUGUUGACAGAGUACUUGCAAAGAGAGAAAUUGAUGAUCUCACAGCACAGGCUUGGUUUCAUGAGAGUAUACAGCUUGCAGAGAAGGUUGCAAGAAUGAGCAUACAAUCAUGGGUUCCAUCGGAGUAUACAUGCCUGAUCUUACUCGAAACUAUUCGUGAGAAAAUGACAUCUGAUAUUCCACCAGAGGUGCCUGAGAAAGUGAAUUUCAAUAAGAUGCUGGACUUAAAGGGCCAGAGGGUAAUUUUGCUGGGAAGUUUGGGUAAAGGUUUCGGAAACUUGACUGCAACAGCGAAAAACAUUCCUCCAGGAGCCGAAGAAAAGCAGUCCGAUACUGCGAAUGUCUUGGUCAAGGCAGCUUCGAACUGUUGCAGCAAGCUGCUGGAUCGUAUCUGUUGCAUGUGCUUCAUCCGAACUUGCUCCUAUGUGAAUGACCGGUGCGUGGUCGCUCUUACGCAACUCUGUACCGGCCUCGCUUGUUUUGGGUGCAUCGAUUGUUGUUUCGAUCUCUGUGAAUGUUGUUCAUGUCUCUAGUGAUAUUGACCAGUAUGUACAGAGAUUUGUGUUAAUGUGAUAUUGGUGAUUGUGUUA